CUCUUUGCCUAUACUCGAUCCAACCUCCCGCGCGAUCGAGCACGACCUACACGACGGAUACCCAUGCCGUCCGUCGAUCCCAACUGGCCGUGACCGUUUAAAGAUCUUCGCUCAUCGAGAUGCGCUCACGGCCUCUUCGCCGACGGCAUUCCGGUCUCUGGGGAAUACGACAGAUCAAGGCUGGGCGAGCAGGCUGCCUUCCCCCUCUGACGUUAUGGCUGAGGCGUCUCGAUCUGCUUCCGACCUUCGCUAGCUGCCUCGGACCGUCGACCGAUGGCACCUGCUCGGCAGCGCUGGUCGUCCCCAAGCUAUGCACGAACCGCGCUGGUCGUUGAUCGUGCCGGGUCGAAGAGGUUGUCUGGGAGGACGGCUGGGUGACGAACAUCUGUCCGGGACGCGUCGAAGGAUCGGGCUCCGCGCGCUGGGUGAACUUCGAUGGGCAGAUGGUGACGGAAUGGAGGGAUGAGGUAACGUCGCAUCCAUAACGCGCUGAUGUUCCAACACUGCACCCAGUACCUCACUCCCCUCCGUUGGACGCCCUUUCGAAUGAAUGGAUGAUGAAAAACUUAAGGAUGUGCGACGACGUGAAAAUAUGUUGUUCCCUG